CGUUAUUACCGGCUCGACGAGGAAACAAGCAUCGAUAGUAGUUACAACAUGCGACAAUGAAGAGAUUCAACGAAUUUCUCGCGACCUGCAUCGUAUUGCAACUGUUGUGCCAUACAUGCACCACACACUUGCUCAUAAAUGUCAAAAAUCAGGGUGGUGACAUUCUUCUGGAAACAAUCUCGUCUAAUGUCACAGAGGAUGUGAUCACUUUAGAAUUCCAACGUUCUGAUGGCACUCUGGUCACACAGCUGAUCGAUUUUAAAAAUGAAGUUCAAGUCAUAAAGGCUUUGGUACUUGGCGAAGAGGAACGUGGACAAAAUCAGUAUCAAGUCAUGUGUUUUGUGAAUCAUUUUUAUAAGGUUGACUUUAUAUCGUCCGAUGCGAUGUCCAAACUACGUCAGAAAAAUCCAGGCACUGUGCGUGUAGCUGAGGAGGACAAAGGUCACGUCAACUAUACAAUGGACUUAUUCUUGGAUGUUUCUCAAUCCAAGGAAAUCUCAAAACAUGUCACCACACUUUGCAGUGAAGCAGCUGGAUCAGCCUAUACCAGGAAUGACGAUAUUAAACAAUGGAUUCAGAGACCAGGCUCCUCUGAAGAACUACUUUUGGCUGCUGUAUAUAAUUUCACAACUAUGCCGCAAACAGGCACAAACGACACAAGGUCAUUGCUGGUUUCUAAAUGUGCUGACACAUCUAACCUCUGGGCACCUUGCACGUGUUCUCUAGAAUUGUGUAUCGGUUGGUAUCCGUGUGGUCUGAAGUUUUGCAAAGGAAAGUCGGAUGGCAAAAAGGUAGCUAGCACUUAUCGAUGCGGUAUAAAAACUUGUAAAAAAUGUUUCAUAUUCUCGUAUUACUCAAAGAUGAAACAGAACUGUCUGUGGGAUGAAUGACAUAUAAGGACACUUUAGAUUGAA